AGACUCGGAUCGCGCUGCCCGAUCGGCCACUGAUAACGGACCGAGCACCCAAGAGGGUUCGCAGUAUCGGGGCCCUUAACUACUUAGGCGCAUCCCAGCUCUCGCCUGGUAUCUUAAUUUUGGCACAUAUCUUAAACCUGCCCGCUCCAACAUGGCUACGCUCGACGAAAAGACCUUGCGGGACCUCCGCCCCAAGACCAUCCUGCAGCCACUGCAUAAUAGUAUCCCUCCGGAAUUGCUCUCUCGGUUCGACCCCGUCUACGUCGAACACUACAACAAGUACAAUGCGGGGAGGCUACACACGCACGAGGUCCCCAUUGAGAAGUUCCGGAAAGACCCAGCCAAGUACAUCACCAACUACGGCCGGGCGGUGGGCCCGGAUGUCUUUCGCAUUACGGAGCAGACCUUCGUCGACGGUCUAGACGGGCACUUGGUCGCGUUCGAUAUCGACUACCGGCUGGCACCCGAGCACAAGUAUCCCAUCCCACUGGACGAUUGUUGGACCGCAUUCAAUUGGGAGUUCAACGUCGACCCGGAUCGGAUGGCGGUCGGCGGCUGUUCAGCUGGAGGUCACUUGUCAGCGGUGAUCGCGCUUCUCUGCCGCAAUGCUAGCAUCCCGUUGCGCCUGCAGGUGCUCAACGUGCCCGUGUGUGAUCUACUCGGCGCGUUCACCCCCGAUGGCCGGUUCGAUCGCGCCAAUUGUCCGUAUGAUUCGUAUAGAGAGAUGGAGUUCACCACGGCCCUUCCCAUGGCACGGAUGGCCUAUUUCCAUAGACAUUUCCUGGGGGUGCCCCGGCCAGCCAGUUCAGAGGAGGACUGGAAGAUUUCUCCCAUUGUAGCCCCCGACCUUUCGGGGUUGGCACCCGCCUUGGUUUUCACCGCUGAAAUGGAUCCUCUUCGGGAUGAGGGCGAGCAGUACGCCGCCAAAUUGAAAGCUGCCGGGUGUCAGGUGGAGCUGCUGCGGAUGGCGGGAGCACCGCAUACGUUUUCUGCGCUGGAUGGCAUUCUGGAGUGCGGACGGGUAUACAAUGCGAAGGUGAUUGAGGCGAUGCAGAAGGAGCUCGUUAGAUAG